AUUUCUCUCAAGGUUUUUGUCCUCAACAUAAACCCUUUCUUUUUCCCCCUUUCACGCUUGCACCUUUUCAUGGCACCCUCUUCACUACACUAGCAUUUUCUUCUUUGAAUUCUUCAUUCUUCUGCAUUUCACAGAACAUGCGUUUUCGCUAUCCUCACGCUGUAACUCCAUUACUAACCUUCCCUUCAAAGCUCUCCACUAUGAACACUCAAACCCUCUCCAAUUCCACUCCAUUUUCAAACCUCAAUAAACCCCUCUUUCGCCGUUUUCAACCUAAAAGAGGUUUUUUCACCGUUUAUUGUUCAAAGAGCACUUCCAAAUACCCUCCGACGCCGCUUAAAAUCAAUGGCUACCAUGCUACUUCUAUCGUUAAGGCUACUAAACCAGUUUAUUUGGAUGAGAAUGUAUUGGAUGCGAAUAUUGAUGCUUUGAAGAGGAAGUUGGAAGUUAUUGGAAUGGAUGCUGAAAUUUGUGUUCCUGGCCAACAAUUUAAUCACUUGCUUUGUCCUGAGUGCCAAGGCGGUGACACGGGAGAAAGAACCUUUGCCGUUAUCAUUGCACCAGACGGGGGGUCCGCUGCAUGGAAGUGUUUUCGUGCAAAGUGUGGUUGGAAAGGCAGCACCCAGGCCUUUGCUGGUAGAAAUCCAUAUUCUACAACAAUGACUCAAUUUAUCCCAGCUAAGAAAAAAAGAGAAAUUAAGGAGGACGACUUGCAACUUGAACCACUUUGUGCCGAGCUGGUUGGAUAUUUUUCAGAGCGCUUGAUUUCAAAUAAGACUCUGAAGAGAAAUGGUGUCAAGCAGAAAAAAUAUAAGGAUGAUCAGAUUGCCAUUGCAUUCCCCUAUCGCCGUAAUGGAGCGCUUAUUAGUUGCAAAUACCGAGACAUCAACAAGAAAUUUUGGCAGGAAUCAGACACUGAAAAGAUCUUUUAUGGACUGGAUGACAUAGUUGGAGAAAGUGAUGUUAUCAUUGUUGAAGGUGAAAUGGACAAGCUGGCAAUGGAAGAAGCUGGCUUCCGAAAUUGUGUUAGUGUUCCUGACGGCGCACCUCCAUCAGUCUCUUCAAAAGAAUUGCCACCUGCGGAUAAGGACACGAAGUAUCAGUAUCUGUGGAACUGCAAAGAUGAACUAAAGCAGGCAUCUCGCAUUAUCAUUGCCACUGAUGGGGAUCCACCUGGUCAAGCCUUGGCCGAGGAGCUUGCACGCCGCAUCGGGAAAGAAAAAUGCUGGCGUGUACGGUGGCCUAAAAAAGGGAAGCUUGAUGAUUGCAAAGAUGCAAAUGAGGUUCUCAUGUAUUUGGGCCCCAAUGCAUUGAAGGAAGCGAUUGAGAAUGCAGAAUUAUACCCUAUACGUGGAUUGUUUAACUUUAGAGAUUACUUUGAUGAGCUUGAUGCAUACUAUCAUCGAACUUUGGGAUAUGACAUCGGUCUCUCAACUGGCUGGAAUAAUCUGAAUGGUUUAUACAAUGUUGUACCAGGAGAACUGACCAUUGUAACUGGAAUUCCCAAUUCAGGGAAGAGUGAGUGGAUUGAUGCUCUUCUUUGCAAUCUUAAUAAAAUUGCUGGCUGGAAAUUUGCACUCUGUUCCAUGGAGAACAAGGUUAGAGAACAUGCUCGAAAGCUUUUGGAGAAACAUGUGAGGAAGCCUUUCUUUAAUGAUCGCUACGCUGAAGAUGUUGAACGGAUGAGUUUGGAGGAAUAUGAACAAGGCAAGAUCUGGUUAAAUGAUACUUUUCAUCUUAUAAGGUGUGAAGAUGAUGCUCUUCCAAAUAUAAAAUGGGUUCUUGACCUUGCAAAAGCAGCGGUAUUAAGACAUGGGGUGCGUGGACUUGUAAUUGAUCCUUAUAACGAGCUUGAUCAUCAACGAUCUCCACACCAGACGGAAACUGAAUAUGUGAGCCAGAUGCUUACCUUAAUCAAACGUUUUGCCCAACAUCAUGGAUGUCAUGUUUGGUUUGUAGCACAUCCCAGACAGCUGUACAAUUGGACUGGGAGUCCUCCUAAUCUUUAUGAUAUAAGUGGAAGUGCACACUUUAUAAAUAAGUGCGACAAUGGAAUUGUCAUCCAUCGUAACCGGGAUCCUGAGGUUGGGCCUGUUGAUCAAGUGAAGGUUUGUGUUCGAAAGGUACGGAAUAAGGUUGCAGGGACAAUAGGUGAAGCGGUUUUGUUGUAUAACAGGGUAACUGGCGAGUACUUGGAAGAUGAUACUGAGUACGUGAAAGAUGAUACUAAGAGAUAGUAGUCACACAAAUCAUUUUUGGCAGGCUUAAUAUGGGGCGACUUGUAGGUGUUGAAUUGAAGUUAUCACAUCUAAACAUGACUAUAAUGUUUCCAUUUUGAGGUACUGGAUGAAUAUCAAGAGUGGUAAAUAAUAACAUCAUAGCAUUGGUUGUGAAAUUUGAGUGUAUAAUAUCAUAAUUUUGACUUGAUUAUUUGUAUCAUGUAGUUGUCCUUUUAUAGGUGUUAGUGUUACAAACUAAAGUUAUGCAUUUGUGUCCUUGUAUAUAGUAUAGGAUUUUUCUUCUUUGCAGACUCUUCAAUCUCAAAUGAUUGAACUUUAUUAUGUACCGUAGCUGUUAAUUUGGUCUAUUGGGCAAAACUCGGUUAAUGUUAUUGAUGGUUAAUUCUAUAUAAAUAACACUAAGUAUUAGUGAAGUAGUGAUAUUUACAUGUUUCAA